UCUUAUUUAUAAAUACUCCUUUACAUUUACCCCACCUGCCCCUGCCCCUGCAGUAAACUCUUAUUUAUAAAUACUCCUUUAAAUUUACCCACCUGCCCCUGCAGUAAACUGUUUUACAUAAAUAGUCCUUUACAUUUCUAUAUUUACAUUUCUGUGAACUCAGUGCGCAUGUCUGCAGAUCUUGUCACUGUUUCAGAAAUCAGCUUUUGGCUGGAGACCUGUCUGGGAUCCUGUGGACAGACGCUUCCUCGUCUCCACGGCAACAGCGCCGCGUCUCCAUGGCAACAGCACCGCAACAGCAAACGGCAGGCGUCAUGGCGGAGCCGAGGAUAGCGAGGAUCAAACAGCCUAAAAAAGUUUUUAUGAACAGCAUAGACUCCUACUCAUCCAGGUACAUCAGCAAGCUGUUGUGUGAGUGCGUGCUUGGAGCUGCUGGUCCUGAGGAGGAGGUGGAGGAGGUGCAGGAGGACCUGAGCCACAGCUCAGCAGCAGCAUUCCAGCUGGUUGGAACUGUUUCCCAUCCAUCUGAGGAGGACAGGACGUAUGUGCUGGAGGAGUAUUUUCUCCUGAGCAGGGAGGAGCUGCUGUCCAAGCUGAUGGACUGUGAUGUGGUUCUCUACAACAUCAGCCAGCAUCCUGAGCAGCUGGAAGAGGCUCUCUGGGCUGUUUCAGCUCUACACAAUGAAAUGGAGCGUUUUUCUGGACCGAAGUUGUUCAUCCUAAUCUCCACGGUGAUGACCUGGGCCUGCAGCAAGCCCGUCGAUCCUGAUGAUCUGGAGCUUCCUUUUACUGAUGAGAUCUUCUGGAGCAGAAGACCACAUCCAAACUUCAAACCACACAUCGACCUGGAGAAGCGGGUCGUCAAAAUGGGAAAAACUAACAGAAUGCUGUUCUCCACAUAUGUGGUGGCGUCAGGACUCCAGUAUGGGAUGGGAGAGCAGCUCUUCCACUACUACUUUAAGAAGUCAUGGCUGGGACAGGAACAGGAAAUAUCCAUCUUUGGAGACGGCAAGAACAUCAUUCCCACGAUUCAUAUCAAUGACCUGGCGAGGUUGGAUAUGUUUGUGGUUCAGAACAUCAUUGAACAUCAGCCCAAACCAUAUUACCUGAUAGCUGUGGACGGUUCCAACAACACCAUGGAGCAGAUAGUGAAGGCAGUUGCUUCUGAACUGGGAUCAGGGAAGAUCCAGAAAAAGCCAAUUGAUGAAGCGUACCUGGUCCAAGAUUUCAGUGUAGCAGAAAUCGAUUCCAUGCUGGUCAAUCUCCGCAUGGAGGCUGUUCACAUAAAGAAGCUGUUCUCUCUUAGCUGGCUGUGUGAGUUUGGUCUGGUGGAGAACAUUGAGCUGGUGGUGGAGGAGUACCGGCAGGUCCGCGGACUCCUGCCCAUCCGGCUGUGUGUGCUGGGACCUCCUGCUGUGGGGAAAAGCACCGUUUCCAAAAAGAUCUGUGAACACUACAAGCUCCAUCACAUCACCCUGAAGGACACCAUCUCUGAGACCAUUUCCCAGCUGGAAGCUGCUGUGAAGAAGGCUGAUCCAGAUGCCAAAGACUCAGCAGCAGAAGCCCAGGAGCUUCUCAGCAGCCUAAAGGAUGCUGGAGAGCAGAAUGAAGGUGUUCUGGAUGAGCAGCUGAAGGUGCUGAAGGAUAAACUGAUGUCUAACCCAUGCAGAAACCAGGGUUUUGUUCUGGACGACUUUCCCAAGACAUAUGAACAAGCUAAAGAGCUCUUUGAAGUGGAAGAACAUGAUGGAGCAUCCCAGACUUCCUACAGCAGGAAGGUCACACCAGAGUUUGUGUUGUACCUGGAUGCAUCCGACUCCUUCCUCAUGGAUCGAGUGAUGAACCUGCCGGAGAGGUUGGUGCAGGAGCACAGCUAUGAGCCGGAGCUCUUCCUGAAGCGCCUGGCCAGAUUCCGAGAGAACAGCGCCGAGGAGGAAACCGUUGACAACUACUUUGUUGAGAUGGACAUCAGCCCUCUGUACCUGGAGAUCACCAGCAGCCAUAAACCUGACUGCUCGCUGCUGAUGCAGAAGAUCGUUGACACGGUGGGCCAGCCCAGGAACUAUGGUCCAAGCAGCCAGGAGGUGGUGGAAGAGGAGGAGAGGAGGAAGGCUGAGCAGAGGAUCAGGACAGAGAUCCAAGAGAGGACAGAGGAGGAGCAGAAGGAGGCUGAAGAGGCCAGGAGCAGAGCUAAACGCUGGGAGGACUGGAUAAAGAGUCUGGAGGAGGUGAGGCAGCAGGAGGAGGAGCAACUGGAGGCUCUAUCAGUCCCUAUGAGGAGCUACCUGAUGGAACAUGUCCUCCCCACACUGACCCAGGGUCUGACUGAAUGCUGCAGAGCUCAGCCUCCGGACCCAGUGGACUUUCUGAUCCACAUUCAGCAGCAGUUCUACACGUCUGGAUUUGUCUGGGAGUUUACGAGGAACCUGAACUCGUACGAUAGUCGCUUCCUCUCCUGUCGUCUGUUUCCCUAAAGCUGGCAGAGCAACAAGAGCCCUGCAGAAGCAUCCCUCCUCCUCUUCACUCCUGAUUCCUCCAGUAAUGAAUGGGCAUGUGUCAUCCCAACAAGCAGGCCAAAUGGAGAGAGGAAGAGGAGCAGUCUGCUUCCUCUUCUUCACUAAUUAGAAGCAGCAGCCUCUUGGCUUUUAUCACAGGAAAAUGUCUGAAGCAACCAGUCAGCAUCAGCCAGCAUUCUGCUCUUCAGUCCCUCACAAACUGCAUCAAUGACAUCAAGUCAUGGCUGGGGAAAAAUUUCCUCCAUCUAAAUGAAGACAAGACUGAGUACAUUUUAUUUUGUGACAAUGUUCUUGCAGAUUCAGACUCUGUGUCUUCAAAGUUAAAACUGUCUGUAAAGAACCUCUGGGUUAUUUUUGACAGCAGUUUUACAUUUGUCAAACAGAUCGACAACGUGGUCAGAACAAGUUUUUAUCAAUUACGUUUUUUAUCUAAAGCCUUUUUUAAAUCACACCUACCUUGAAAGGACUAUUCAUGCUUUUAUCAGCUCAUGAAUAGAUUAUUGCACUCCACUGGCUUCCAGUUUCUUUUAGGAUAGAGUUUAAAAUUUUACUUUUUGUUUUUAAAGCCCUCAACGGCCUUGCGCCUAUUUAUUUGACUGAGCUUCUCUUUGUCCUAACAGGGAGUUAACCCUUUAGAACCCAGUGUAGUGCCGGCGCUACGUUUUGCAUAUUGAUUUUUGAUUGGCUGUAGAUUUUAAACCAGAUAAGAUAGAUCGAUAAUUCUUGUUGCAUAUAAAAUCUGGGGAGUUACACUAACAUUUCACACAUUCACCAGGUCUCAGGGUGCUUUUUCGUUGCAGUGAUGGGUUUGUAAAAAUACACAAUAAAGUGCACACAACAAAACUCUUUAUAAACCAGACCACCGGUAUUUGGAGGACUUCUUACAUUGAAAUAAGCGUGAUCACGUUGUGGCCAUGACCUGUCACAUGGUUCUUAUGUGUUCAUACCCGAGAGGCUACCGGCCCCAUCGACAGGAAGUGACGUUAUUGCCUAUGGAGUUGUAGUUUUUCAGCCGACAACUACAACUGUAGUUUUCGGCUGUAGCCUGCACAGAUACGAGCUCUCACUCGUUUCAGUCCCACUUUUUUUUUUUUUACAAAAACACUUAGACACACAG